AUCUUCUUUGUGAUAUUUCCUUUCGAUUUAUUGGUUCCUUUGAAAGAUUUGUGCGCAGAAAUCAGCCAUAGUGACGUUGAUCGCCUCUCCUUCCCACUAACCAGGGUUUAUAUUCACGAGCUCUGCACCCCAUCAUCGUUGUGUGUGGUCAUCUUUAGGAGGUUUAUACCGUCUACACGUAACCAUCACACGAAAAGGAAGAAAAAAACACCCACCAAUGCACUGGCACUCCGAUAGAGUAGCUAGCACUUCAUCGGACAAGUAAACAGAAUAAGGUGCGAAAACGGGAGCGUAUAAAGAGCCGGCGGGCGAUCUGCCUAUUCAGUUAUCUUGACAGCGGCGGCAACCUGUACUCUGUAGAACCUUGUUACCAAGGAAAUAUAGGGACUCUGAAAAUUUCUUUUCAAGCGAUCCGUGGUUGUGUAAUAUCUUAACAAUUUUCAUUAUUAAAAUCGAAUUGUGCUUCUUUUUCUUAUUAUUAAAAAAAGAAAAAAGUACUUUUUGGGAUUUUAUAACUAUGAAUUCUUUGAAUAUUGCGGUUCUCGUGGCCAUCACGCUGCUAGGGGUAGGAAGCAGUUACCGCUACCCCUCCCGAUACACCAGAAAUGCAAACAAAUUCAGAUUCAGAAGAAGUCAAGAAUUCAGGUUCGAGGACUGUGGUAGAAAUCCUAACCGGCCGAUCCACUUUCUUGCACUGAGCGUAACCCCCUUCCCCGUCAAAUACCCGGGCCAAAUGCUGCUCUCCUUCCAGCUGAAUGUCACGGAGACACUGCCGACCAGUUUAUCCGUGGACACUACGCUGGAGAGAAAAGUACAGCUCCUGUUUAGAGAGACGACUUUCAAUAUUCCAUGUAUAAGCGUGGGCAACAGCCAGUUUGGCACUUGCACACAUAAGGACCUGUGUAGCAGAAUGGCCGAAACCUACGACCCGUGCGAUUGCCCCGCCUUCUUCGAGGAGAACGACUUUCCCUGCUCCUGCCCCAUACCAGACGGAGAAUAUGUCCUUAAAGACCUGCCGAUAGAUAUACCCGAGAUCAGCGGGGGCUUGUCUGUGUUUGCCGAUGGUGAUUAUGAGCUAAUGUCCGAAUUCUAUGACGGUGACACUGGUCGAGAGCUGGGGUGCCUCAGAUUCACAAUGUCCAUGGAAAAGGACAAAGAAGAUGAGGAAGAAGAUGAUUCGUGGUGGGGAAAACGCUAAAUCAGUGGAGUACUCGCAGACAUAAGAUGUGAUAAAAUACCGCAAAUGUGAUCUAAUACAGCCGAUCUACUGAACAGUUUCUAUUGUAUACCUCUUCUAUUGUUUUUUAUCAAAGAUAUAUGGCUGACGCAAGUUUAAGCGUCCCGAUUGUGUUUAUUCCGAAAGUGCCAGUCAUCUAAUGUAAAAUGGUGCUACGAGCAAGGAGGAGACGUGGCUAAUUUUUGCCUCGACAUGGCCGUACCAAUUAAGAUUGUUUGGGACAGCGACAAUCGCUGCGCUAUAUAGCAAUAGCUACUUCUUGGAAAUCAUUUAAGAGGUGUAGAGAUUGAACGAUGAAAACAGGAGAGUUCGCUUCGAAUUCUGGCGUCAUAGGCCUACAUCUCCCACAAGAGUAAUAAAAUAUCUGAUAUAACACGUGACAGAUGACACCAGACGAGAGAAAGAAAGAAAUGCGUUUUUAAAGGAGCUUUCAUCUGCUUAACAAUUAAAAAUAAAGUUUUAUGUUGCUCCAUUGUGUUCUUGAAAUAAGAAGGAAUAAAA